CCGCUGGAUGACCCAGGCCAUAGGCCGGCGCUAGAUUCAUUCCCGGUUAAGCCAGAGCAGAUCUUAUUGAAAAACAGCCCGUCUUGAUUGAGAAAACUGCCAGGGAUAGAGAAUUCGCCCCAGCCCUCGUGGUGCCGACGGAGCGUGGAGAUGCGGGAGCGCUGACGGGCCAGCGAGGCGCCUGGAUUAACAUGGCCAGCAUCCCACCUGCCACAAACGCCUUCCCCAACUCGUCCUUCUUGCCCACCCCCACCCCAAGCUGCCCGGGGUCAUCGAACGGGAGCUCGCCCAGCCUGGACGUGCCCUACUUCCUGACGGAGACCACCACGGCGGUGCUGUCCGUCGCAGGCAACCUCUUCAUCUGCACCGUCAUCCUACGCGACAGGAAGCUGCGCGCUGUGGUGACCAACCACUUCCUGGUCUCGCUGGCCGCGGCCGACGUCCUGGUGGGGGCCGUGGCCAUCCCCUGCGCCCAGAUGGCAGACGCGGGGCUGCCGCGGGGCCAGCCGACUCUGUGCUUGCUGAUGCUCUGCACCCUGCUGAUCUUCACGCAGGCCUCAGUCUUCGGCCUGUUGGCCAUCGCGGUGGAGCGGUACAUCUCCAUCCUCAAGCCCUUCCAGUAUCCGUCCCUCAUGAGCCCCCAGAACUCGCUGCUGGUCAUCCUGAGCAGCUGGGUGCUGGCCACCUUCAUGGGGUCGCUCCCCCUCAUGGGCUGGCAUAAACCCUUCCCGCCCGACGGUCAGUGCAACUUCAACGCCUUCAUCGAGGACACCUACGAGGUCUAUUUCAACUUCGUGGCCUGCAUGCUGGUGCCGCUGGCCGCCAUGCUGGUCCUCUAUAGCCGCAUCUUCCUGGAGGCCAAGCGGCAGAUCCGCAAGGUGGCUGAGCGGGAGGUGGACAUGACCCGGCAGGCCCGGCGCCGCCGCGUCCUGCACAAGGAGCUGAGACUGGCCACCUCGCUCUUCAUCGUCCUCUUCUGCUUUGCCCUCUGCUGGCUGCCCCUCCACAUCAUCAACACCCUCCGGCUCGUCUGCCCCGGCUGCCCCGUCCCCAACCCACUGGUGCUGGCGACCAUCGUCCUGUCCCACGCCAACUCCGCCAUCAACCCCGUGGUGUACGUCUUCCGCAUGCGCUCCUUCCGCCAGGCCUUCACGGCCGCCUUCUCCUGCGCCUGGCACCCCCUGCCCACCUCCUCCCCGGGCAAGUUCUGCACCUCCGGACUCACGCCGUCCAAUCAGCUAGAGCUGGCCAGCCGCAACAGCCCUCUGCCAGGGAAGUGACGUGGGUUAGUGGCCCACGGGAUUGGCCCCCCCGGGACUCCCGGAGCCUCCUUUGUACCUAGAGGGUCACCGCUGAGCUGGUGAAGUCUAGUAAGACUGUCACCGCUCCCUAGCGGGAGUAUGACACCCCCCCUUGCGGCCCCCCGGGCUAGGGACAGGGCAGAUGGAAGAAGAACCCAGGAGUCCUGGCUCCCAGCCCCCUCACUUUAACCCACCAGGCCAGCGGUUCUCAAACUGUGGGUUGCGACCCUCUUUGAAUGGGGGU